AUGGCGGCGAGAGUGGCGGUGCUGGUGGUGGCGGCACUGGCUGUCGUCUUGUCCGGCGGCGGCAAUGUCGGCGCGGCCGGUGGUGGUGGCGGCGGCGAGCGGGGCGCGCUGCUGGCGCUCAAGGCGGGCUUCGUGGACCCGCUGGGUGUGCUGGCGGACUGGAAGGCUGCCGGCUCGCCGCAUUGCAAGUGGGCCGGCGUCCGGUGCAACGCCGCCGGCCUCGUCGACGGGCUCGACCUCGCCGGGAGGAACCUGAGCGGCAAGGUAUCCGCGGACCUGCUCCGGCUGCCGGCGCUGGCGGUGCUCAACCUCUCCUCCAACGCCUUCGCCGCCGCGCUGCCCAGGUCGCUCGCGCCGCUGUCGGGCCUGCAGGUGUUCGACGUCAGCCAGAACUCCUUCGAGGGCGCCUUCCCCGCCGGCCUGGGGUCGUGCGCGGGCCUCGUCGCCGUCAACGGCUCCGGCAACAACUUCGUCGGCGCCCUCCCGGCGGACCUCGCGAACGCCACGUCGCUGGAGAGCAUUGACAUGCGCGGGGACUUCUUCAGCGGCGGCAUCCCCGCGGCGUACCGGAGCCUCACCAGGCUCAGGUUCCUCGGCCUCUCCGGCAACAACAUCGGCGGCAGGAUCCCGCCGGAGCUCGGCGAGCUCGAGUCGCUCGAGAGCCUCAUCAUCGGGUACAAUGAGCUGGAGGGGCCCAUCCCGCCGGAGCUCGGCAACCUGGCCAACCUCCAGGACCUCGACCUCGCCAUCGGCAACCUCGACGGCCCCAUCCCGCCGGAGAUCGGGAGGCUUCCGGCGCUCACCUCGCUUUUCCUUUACAAGAACAGUCUCGAGGGCAGGAUACCGCCGGAGCUCGGCAACGCCUCCUCGCUCGUCUUCCUCGACCUCUCCGACAACCUGCUCACCGGCCCGAUCCCCGCCGAGGUGGCGCAGCUGAGCAACCUCCAGCUGCUCAACCUCAUGUGCAACCACCUCGACGGCGCUGUGCCCGCGGCCAUCGGCGACAUGAAGAAGCUCGAGGUGCUCGAGCUGUGGAAUAACUCAUUGACGGGUGCCCUCCCGGCGUCGCUCGGCCGGAGCUCGCCGCUGCAGUGGGUGGACGUCUCGUCGAACGCCUUGACCGGUGAGAUACCCGCCGGGAUCUGCGACGGCAAGGCGCUGGCCAAGCUGAUCAUGUUCAGCAACGGCUUCUCCGGCGAGAUCCCCGCCGGGGUCGCGUCGUGUGCGUCGCUGGUGCGCCUGCGCGCGCAGGGCAACCGUCUCAACGGCACGAUUCCAGCCGGGUUCGGGAAGCUGCCGCUGCUUCAGCGGCUCGAGCUCGCCGGCAACGAGCUCUCCGGCGAGUUCCCCGGCGCCCUGGCGUCGUCGGCGUCGCUGUCGUUCAUCGACGUCUCGCGCAACCGCCUCCAGGGAUCGCUGCCUUCGAGCCUCUUCGCCAUCCCGGGCUUGCAGAGCUUCAUGGCGGCGGGCAACAUGAUCACCGGCGAGCUCCCCGACCAGUUCCAGGACUGCCUCGCGCUGGGAGCGCUGGACUUGUCGGGAAACCGCCUCCUCGGCAAGAUCCCGUCGAGCCUCGCCUCGUGCGCAAGGCUGGUCAACCUGAACCUCCGGCAGAACGGGCUCACCGGCGAGAUACCGCCGGCGCUGGCCAAGAUGCCGGCGCUCGCUAUUCUUGAUCUGUCGAGCAACUUCUUGACCGGGGGCAUACCGGACAACUUCGGGGGCUCGCCGGCGCUCGAGACGCUCAACCUGGCGUACAACAACCUCACCGGGCCAGUGCCGGGGAACGGAGUCCUGCGCACGAUCAACCCCGACGAGCUGGCCGGCAACGCCGGGCUGUGCGGUGGCGUGCUCCCGCCGUGCUCCGGGAGCCACGUCGCCGGUCUGUCCCGCGCGCGCGGGGGCAGCGGAGCGCGCCUCAAGCACGUCGCGGUGGGGUGGCUCGUGGGGAUGGUCGUCGUGAUCGCCGCAUUCACGGCCCUGUUCGGCGGCUGGCACGCGUACCGCCGGUGGUACGCCGUCGGCGGCGCCCGGGAGUACGAGUCCGGGGCGUGGCCGUGGCGGCUGACGGCGUUCCAGCGGCUGGGGUUCACGUGCGCCGACGUUCUCGCGUGCGUUAAGGAGGCGAACGUGGUGGGCAUGGGCGCCACCGGCGUCGUGUACAAGGCCGAGCUCCCGCGGGCCCGCACCGUGAUCGCUGUCAAGAAGCUCUGGCGCCCGGCGGCGACGGACGGCGACGCGGCCCGCAACCUCACCGACGACGUGCUCAAGGAAGUGGGCCUCCUCGGCCGGCUCCGGCACCGGAACAUCGUGCGGCUGCUCGGGUACAUGCACAACGACGCGGACGCCAUGAUGCUGUACGAGUUCAUGCCCAACGGCAGCCUGUGGGAGGCGCUGCACGGCGGGGCGCCGGAGUCGAGGACGAUGCUGACGGACUGGGUGUCCCGGUACGACGUGGCCGCCGGCGUGGCGCAGGGGCUCGCGUACCUCCACCACGACUGCCACCCGCCGGUGCUCCACCGCGACAUCAAGUCCAACAACAUCCUGCUCGACGCCGACAUGCAGGCCCGCGUCGCCGACUUCGGCCUCGCCCGCGCGCUCGGCCGCUCCGGCGAGUCCGUCUCCGUCGUCGCCGGCUCCUACGGCUACAUCGCGCCCGAGUACGGGUACACGCUCAAGGUGGACCAGAAGAGCGACAUCUACAGCUACGGGGUGGUGCUCAUGGAGCUCAUCACCGGGCGGAGGCCCGUGGAGACGGCGGCGUUCGGGGAGGGGCAGGACGUCGUCGGCUGGGUCAGGGAGAAGAUCCGGAGCAACACCGUGGAGGAGCACCUCGACCCGCUCGUCGGCGGCGGCUGCGCGCACGUCCGGGAGGAGAUGCUGCUCGUGCUCCGCAUCGCCGUGCUCUGCACCGCCAAGCUGCCCAGGGACAGGCCCUCCAUGCGCGACGUGCUCACCAUGCUCGGAGAGGCCAAGCCGCGGCGCAAGAGCGGGAGCUCCGCCACCGCCGGCAAUGUCGCUGCCGUGGCCGUGGCCGCGCCCGUUGUUGACAAGGACAGGCCGGUUUUCAGCACGACGCCGGACUCCGUCUGA